AUGAAGGUCCCACACGUCGUUGCCUUAAGCGCGGUGGUCCUUUCGUCUGUUGGCACAUGCUCCAAACUCUUAACAGUUCCAACGACUCCUUUCCUACCAAGCAACUCGGGCAAUUAUGACCUCCAUCACUUGAAGAGUAUAGUCGUCGAUGAUCGCUAUAAAUCGGCAACCGACACCGAAGGGCAUACCUUAAUCCCACCGUCCCUAUCCGACUUCGCCCGGACUUUCGAAGAGGACUUGGAGGAAUCUCUAGGCUUGAAGCUCAAUUUAGGGAGUAGCGAACUCACCGACGCACACAAUUCGAUUUUCCUGACACUUGACCAAGAGAAAGACAGGUACCUCGAUGUUGCAGGCCGCCAAACCAGCGAAGGAUACACGCUUACAGUUAACGAAACUGGCAUCACAAUCGCUGGCGCCAGUCCUCUCGGUGUGUGGUGGGGAACUAGAUCACUGAUUCAUGCAGCCGUGACGAAUCAGUUAUUUCUUCCAUAUGGCUCUGGCGUCGACGCUCCAGGAUGGGUUACUCGCGGGGUUAUGCUCGACGUUGCUAGGCAUUACUACCCGCCGGACUUCAUCGUUGAGAUGUGUUCGUAUCUUUCAUUCUUCAAGCAGAAUGUAUUUCACCUCCAUCUUAAUGACAAUCUCUUCAUAAACGACAAGAUAAUGACAAGAGACCAAAUCUUAUCAUUAUAUGCCACAUUCAGGCUUUGGUCCGACGAUCCAGCAGUUAAAGGCCUCAACAACCGUGCCAACGAAUCUUACAGCAGAGACGACUUCGAGAGAAUACAACAGGAAUGUGUCCAACGAGGCGUCACUAUAAUUCCCGAAAUUGACUUGCCCGCACACGCACUUGCUGUUGUUCAAUGGAAGCCCGAGCUUGCGCUUCAGGAUAGCCUAAUUAACCUGUCUCUACUAAACCUAUCUCACCCCGAAACGAUGCCGACCAUCAAAUCAAUCUGGAACAUUUUCCUUCCGUGGUUUCACUCCAAGCGAGUUCAAAUCGGAGCCGACGAAUACAUUGCAACAGGCGUAGUCGAAUACACAAAUUAUGUCGAUGAUCUCACUGAAUUUAUCCGAAACGAGACAGGCCAGAGUACACGGAUUUGGGCUGACUUGACGCCGGCCCAGGGUAGCAAUGUCAAUAAAAAUGUAUCCAUCCAAUUCUGGGCACCGUACUUGGGAAACGCACUUUUUGACUAUGUGCGGAAUGGGUAUAAUGUUGUUAACUCCGAUUUUGCUUGGUAUGUCAGCGAAAAAUGGGCCGUUUAUUUUCCCACGUCGCUCCAUAAGCAGCUCAUCUUCAACGGAAACCCAGAUGGUGGCCCAUUCUCGCCCAAUAUCUUUGACACGGCGAAUUCUUCAAACAACGCCGCUAAAGACGACCCGCUGGUAGAAGGGCACAUAGCAGCUGCUUGGAACGACUUCGGGCCGCUCACUUCGACAUAUCUUGAGGCCUAUCAUGCUUGGAGGGAUGCGCUGCCAGCCUUAGCUGAUAAGCAAUGGGGAGGCAACAUCUCAGAGGCAGAAUAUGACACAAUUUUUGACCAGCUACACUCCGUAAUUCCAGCACAAAACCUCGACCGCAAUAUCCCUAGUAAUUCGAGUGUCAUUGCAAACUACCAAUUCGAGGAUGGUAGUGCGGGUGAAAUUUUUGACCACUCUGGAAAUGGCUACAACGGCACCACUACAAACGGCUGCAUGGUCCGGAAUGGUACCCUCUACCUGAAUGGGGACUGCGCAACCCAGACUCCCCUCAAUAGUAAAGGUAGAAAUGCCACGCUUUCGUUUUCUAUCUACCCAACUUCGCAGCAGCCUUCCACCCUUUUCUACAGCAGUGAUUCCGCCCUAGAGGUAGGAGAUAAUGUUACCCUAGUCAGCGGUGGGAAUCGUUUCCCACUCAAUUACAGCUUGCCCCUCAACGCUUGGACAGACGUGACACUUGCACUCCGCGGUAACCAAACUUUUUUCGAAGUUGGCAAUACGACGCCAAUGGAAUUCCUAACAAGGUUUGAGCCGAAUGGAGUUCAAAGUGCAAAUGGCGUGAUGGUGGUUUGGGCGUCUAUUGCUAUUGAGCUGCCUUUUAGCAAAAUCGGGACCGACUUUCACGGAAGACUAAGGAAUAUCCAAUUGAAAGACGACAGCAAGAAAACAUCCGGAUAUCCAGUUUGA